GUGAUCUGGAUCAUGCCCCAAUUAAUUUUUCAUUAAAGAAGAAGGAAAAAAAGUUAAGUCUCCAAAAGUUCUCUACCUGUUCUCACUUUCAAGUCAUCAUCGUCUCUCUAUUGUUGCUCUCUCUCUUUUUUUUAUGUGACUUUCAGAUCCGCCGAGUCUUCUUUUUGUGGAAUCUUUUCAAGGAAGCUCAGUAUUCAAAAUACACCUCUCUUUUUUGAUCGAUUUCACAAACCCUAGCUUCGGCGAUCUUAAAUCUGCAAAACAUCUAUGGCGUCUUCUCCUGGUAAUACUAACCCUCACAAUCCUCCUCCGUUUGAUCUCGGUAUUCUCUUCAAACCUCCAUCGAAUCCUUAUCCGCCGCCGCCGGCAUCUUAUCCUCCGCAUACAGGUCCUUUUCUUCACAAUCAGUACGAUCAGCAGCACUACGCGCCGCCUGGUAUCUCCGCUCAACCAUCGCCGGUGACUCAGCAGCAACAGGAUGUGUCUUCCUCUUCCACGGCGACUAACUUGCAUCCACAGAGAACGCUAUCUUAUCCCACGCCACCUCUCAACCUACAAUCGCCCCGUUCCAAUCACAAUCCCGGUACGCACAUCCUCGCUCUCCUCAAUAAUAACAACGGAGUCCCGGUGGCUAACCAAGAGCCGUCGCAUCAGCUCCCAGUAGUGAAUCACAACGAGAUCGCUCGCUCUUUUCCCGGCGGUUCAGGUCCUAUUCGUGUUCCGAGCUGUAAACUGCCCAAGGGAAGGCGAUUGAUUGGUGAACACGCUGUGUACGAUGUGGAUGUGAGAUUACAAGGUGAGAUUCAGCCGCAGCUGGAGGUGACUCCGAUUACCAAAUACGGCUCGGAUCCUCAGCUGGUAGUCGGUAGGCAAAUCGCCGUGAACAAGGUCUACAUUUGCUAUGGAUUGAAAGGAGGAAACAUAAGGGUUCUCAAUAUAAACACAGCAUUGAGGUCUCUGUUCCGUGGCCAUUCACAGAGAGUGACGGACAUGGCUUUCUUUGCCGAGGAUGUUGAUAUGUUGGCCAGUGUUAGUCUAGAUGGAAAAGUUUUCGUGUGGAAAAUUUCUGAAGGGUCUGAGGGAGAGGAUCAGCCCCAAAUAACUGGGAAGAUAGUACUUGCUCUUCAGAUACUAGGAGAGGAAGACACCAAACAUCCACGCGUUUGUUGGCACUGCCACAAACAGGAAAUUUUGGUAGUUUCAAUUGGUAAACAUGUGCUGCGAAUUGAUACUACAAAAGUUGGCAGAGGUGAAGUAUUCUCUGCUGAGGCACCUCUCCAGUGUCCCCUUGAUAAACUCAUUGAUGGUGUUCAGAUUGUUGGUAAGCAUGAUGGAGAAGUUACAGAUUUGUCAAUGUGCCAAUGGAUGACCACGCGCCUGGUUUCUUCUUCGGUUGAUGGCACGAUUAAGAUAUGGCAAGAUCGUAAGGCACAACCACUUGUAGUUUUGAGGCCUCAUGAUGGACAUCCAGUCAGUUCAGCCACGUUUGUGACAUCUCCUGAGAGACCUGAUCACAUCAUACUUAUCACGGGGGGUCCUCUAAAUCGAGAAAUGAAAAUCUGGGUCUCUGCUGGGGAAGAAGGGUGGCUUCUACCAGCUGAUGCUGAAGCAUGGAGGUGUACCCAGACUCUUGAUUUGAAAAGUUCAACUGAGCCACGAGCUGAAGAGGCAUUUUUUAACCAAGUCAUAGCAUUAUCUGAAGCAGGCUUGCUUUUACUUGCAAACGCAAAAAGGAACGCUUUAUAUGCUGUGCAUUUGGACUAUGGUUCUUCUCCAGUUGGUACGCGGAUGGAUUACCUAUCAGAGUUUACAGUCACUAUGCCCAUAUUGAGUUUCAUUGGGACAAAUGAUCCUCCAGAAGAACCCAUUGUUAAGGUUUAUUGUGUUCAGACUCUAGCAAUCCAGCAGUAUACUUUAGACUUAUGCUUAUGCUUGCCACCACCUAUAGAAAAUAUGGGUUUGGAGAAGUCAGAUUCUAGUGUAUCGCGAGAGGCAAAUAUUGUUGAAGGCACGUCAGAACCAUCUGGACUUAAGCCUACUGACUUACCUUCAGUUGAUUCAGUGCCAAAACCUUCUAUUCUAGUGAAUAGAUCGGAAAGUGCUAAUAAGUUGAGUUUUCCAUCAGCAGAAGCCACAUCUCAAGCAAUUGUUCCACCCAACGGUGAACCUAAAACUUCUGGUCUGCCAUCUCAGACCAGUGGUGCAGGUUCUACAUAUGCUACUUCACCCCAACUUCCUCUAAGUCCCAGACUAUCAAGUAAACUUUCUGGCUAUCACACUCCUGUAGAUGCUAUUGAGCCAGUAAUACCUCAUCAUGAGCUCGGUGGCAAAACACCUUCUGCUGAUUAUUCUGUUGAUAGGCAAAUGGAUGCUGUUGGAGAAAGAAAUUUGGACGUGUCAUCUGUAGAAGAAAGCUCAAGAAGCAAGGACUCAAAUGUUACGCCUGAUGAUGAUGUGUCUGGGAUGCGAAGCCCAUCAGCUUUUUUCAAACACCCCACUCAUCUUGUAACUCCUUCAGAGAUAUUGAUGGGUGUUUCGUCUGCUGAAGCCUCAAUUACUACUGAAGACAGGAGAGAUAGGGAUGCAAAUAUUCAGGACGUGAAUAAUGAUGCAAGAGACUCCGAAGUUGAGGUGAAAGAAAUAAGUGUAGCAAGGUCGACACAGAAUGGUGAAAUCAAUGAUCAUGGUGAAACUGAGAAUCGCACUUCAGAAAAUAGAGAAAAAGUCUUCUGCUCACAGGCUUCAAAUCUCAGCACCGAUAUGGCAAGAGACUGUUAUCCAAGUACUGAGGGAACUUUCAUUCCAGGGGAAUCUAAGGCUUAUGGACAACCUUUAAAGGCUGGAGAUGAAAUUGGUCCUGACUCGAGAGGUGUGUCUGCAAAGCUUCCUGAGUCGGGUUCAUCUGGUGGGCUUUCACAGUUGCCAGGUACAACUAGCAAAGGGAAGAAGCAGAAGGCCAAAAAUUCACAGGGUCCCGGUUUGUCAUCUACAUCCUCAAAUGUUGCUAAUCUGGCUGACUCCUUCAUUGAGCAAAGUCAGAGCUUAAGUCAUCCCAUGACAGAUUCACUUCCUCAGUUGUUAGCAAUGCAAGAAACGAUGAAUCAGAUAAUGGCUUCACAGAAGGAGAUGCAGAGACAACUAUCAAAUGCUACCACUGGCCCUAUCGUAAAAGAAAGUAAAAGACUAGAAGUUGCGUUAGGGAAAAUGAUUGAGAAAUCCAGCAAGUCAAAUGCGGAUGCUCUAUGGGCCCGCUUCCAAGAGGAGACUGUUAAGAAUGAAAAGGCAUUGCGUGACCAUGCACAGCAAAUUGUGAAUGCAACAACAAACUUCAUGAGCAAGGAGUUAAAUGCCAUGUUUGAGAAAACGAUAAAGAAGGAAGUUGCUGCAAUUGGUCCAGCCCUUGCACGUUCAGUAAUACCAGUUAUUGAAAAAUCUGUAUCUUCUGCAAUCACAGAGUCCUUUCAGAGAGGACUUGGUGACAAAGCAGUCAAUCAGCUUGACAAAUCUGUUAAUUUAAAGCUUGAAGCAACCAUAGCUAGGCAAAUUCAAGCCCAAUUUCAAACCUCUGGCAAGCAAGCCCUCCAGGAAGGUCUUAGGUCAAGUGUGGAGUCCUCAGUCAUACCUUCCUUUGAGAGGGCAUGCAAGGCCAUGUUUGACCAAAUAGACUCAGCCUUCCAGAAAGGUAUUGCUGAGCAUACAAAUGCAGCCCAGCAACGGUUUGACUCUGGACAUUCCCAGCUUGCUCAUACUUUAAGGGAAACAAUUACUUCUGCGUCGUCAGUUGCUCAAGCCUUAAGUCGUGAAUUAGCCGAGAGCCAAAGGAAUCUCUUAGCUCUCGCAGCUGCUGGAGCAAAUUCUGGUGGGUCUAAUUCCUUGGUUACUCAACUAAGUGGCGGACCUUUGGGUGCUCUUCUUGACAAGGUUGAAGCACCUAUGGACCCAACAACAGAACUAUCAAGGUUGAUAUCUGAACGCAAGUACGAAGAAUCUUUCACUUCGGCCCUACAGAGAAGCGAUGUCUCUAUAGUAUCAUGGCUUUGCUCACAGGUGGAUCUUCGUGGAUUACUGGCAAUGAAUCCGCUACCGCUGAGCCAAGGCGUGCUUCUUUCACUGCUGCAGCAGCUAGCCUGCGACAUCAGCAAGGACACAUCCCGUAAGCUGGCUUGGAUGACUGAUGUGGUUGCAGCCAUAAACCCAUCAGACCAGAUGAUUGCGGUCCACGCUCGCCCAAUCUUCGAACAGGUCUAUCAGAUUCUGCACCAUCACCGCAACGCACCAGGCAGCGAUGUCUCAGCCAUCAGACUGAUAAUGCAUGUCAUAAACUCCAUGCUUAUGGGCUGCAAAUGAUAUCUUUCUCUAUCUUUCUAUCUCUUCUUCUUGUUCGUUGGUUAUAUAAAACAUAGGAAUACAA